GUUUGAAUGAUAAUUUCGUACAUUAGAGAUAACUUGUACUUUGCUACUUCUACCUGUGUUUACACCUGUAACUUAGCCAGAUGACAUUACACACAUUGCUUCAAGGAAAACUUUUUGAAUAGCUGGUUCUUCUUGUUUGACAGGAUUGGGGCUUAAAAAGAAAUCUCGUCGAAUGACAUUUCAAAAGCAUUCUCAGGUGGCAUAGCCUACAUACUCAAGUUCCACUUACUGCGUGAAAUAUUUUAGUUAUGGAAGAGAAAGAGCCCUUAUUUAUACCAGAAGAAGCUGAUCCCGGUGAGGCAGCCGAUGCUCUAGGAGCAGCAUACGAAAUGACAGACCCAGCUAUGCACCCAACCACCGAGACGGACAGCAAUAGCGCCUACGCGCCGAUGUGCAGCCCAUUCGACUACUCCGCUACUGUUGGUCGUCUAUCUGCUUGUUGUCAUGGAGGAGCCAAGAUGGCGGUCCUGGCCUACAGCCUGGGCAAACGAGAAAUAAAUCAGUAUUUUAGCAUUAAAAAUGCAAAGUUACUCUCGUUUACCGCAGUCGUUCUUCUUAUCGCAUUUCACUCUGCAUCGCGGUACUAUGGAGGCGGAGACACAUGCGAGUGGCUGCUGUCAAGCGGUCGCUUUUUGGGGGAGAACGUAUGGCAGCCUUAUGGCUGUAUGAUGCACAAGUACAAAAGCACUGAAGCCAAGUCCUGCCUCAGCCACAAGAGAGUGGCAUUUAUUGGUGACUCUAGAAUUCGGCAACUUUUUUAUUCGUAUGUCAAAAUUAUUGACCCUGACAACAGAGAAGAAGGAAACAAGCAUGAAAAUAUCCCCUUCGAAGAUCGGGCCUCCUCACUCAAUGUGGAUUUCUUAUGGUAUGCAGAAGUGAACAACUCUCUGAAGGAACAUCUUCAAGUAUGGAUAGAGAAUAUGUCUGCAAAACCAGAUGUCAUCAUAAUGGGUGCAGCAACGUGGUCCAUCAAACUCCACGGCGGCAGCAGCGAAACCGUGUUGCAUUACAAAGCCAACAUCACAGCCAUAGCUCCAUUGCUGGAGACCCUAGCUGUGGACACAGAAGUCUACUGGGUUUUGCAAGAUCCUGUGUCUGAGGAGCUGCUGAGCGACAGCCGUAAAAUGAUCACCAACGAGCAGAUUGACAUGUACAACGAGGCGGCAGUGAGCGCCCUCAACAGCAGCAAGAGGAACGCUAAGGCCAGGAUCCGCUUUCUGGAGGCCUCCCGGCAAGCUGCCAUGGAAACGAUCGCCACGUCUGACGACGGCUUGCACCUGCCCGAGGGCACCAGAGAUGUGGGCGCCAUGGUGAUGAUGAACGCCGUCUGCAACAAGGUCCUCCAGCCCAUCGACGGCUCCUGCUGCCAGGCCCUCCCCGCCACCAGCGGCCUGCAGAAGCUGACGGCGGCGGCCUUCCUGGCCUGCGCCGCGGGCUUCCUGGCGCUCCACGUCCUCGGCUACCGGCACCAGCGCAAGAGCCGCCCGCCGGCGCCGCUCGACGUGGAGUGCGGCGAGGAGAAGAAGAAGCCCGGCUCGGCGGCGGCGGCGGCCCUCAACUCCCGCGGCCCGCUGCUGGCCGUGUGCAAGAUGGGCCUCAUCAUGGCGUACUUCUACCUGUGCGACCGCGCCGACGUCUUCAUGAAGGAGCAGAAGUUCUACACGCACUCCACCUUCUUCAUCCCGCUCAUCUACAUGUUCGUGCUGGGGAUCUUCUACAACGAGAGCAGCAAAGAGACGAAAUUUCUGAACCGAGAGCAGACGGACGAGUGGAAAGGCUGGAUGCAGCUGGUCAUCCUGAUCUACCACAUCUCUGGAGCGAGUGCGUUCAUACCAGUCUACAUGCACGUGCGCGUUCUUGUGGCGGCGUACCUUUUCCAAACGGGAUACGGCCACUUCUCCUUUUUCUGGCUCAAGGGAGACUUUGGUCUCUACAGAGUGUGUCAGGUGCUGUUCCGGCUGAACUUCCUGGUGGUAGUGCUGUGUUUGGUCAUGGAUCGGCCGUACCAGUUUUACUAUUUUGUGCCACUGGUGACAUUCUGGUUUGUCGUCAUCUACGCCACAAUGGCUCUCUGGCCCCAGAUCCAGCAGAAGAAGGCCAAUGCUAACGGCAUAUGGAAUUUGGGGAUUCUUAUGAAGCUGCUCGGCUUGCUAGUCUUCAUAUGUGUUUUUGCGUAUUCGCAGGUGCUCUUCGAGAGUGUCUUCUCCAUCUGGCCAAUUUCCAAGCUCUUUGAGUUGAAGGGAGACAUCCAUGAAUGGUGGUUCCGUUGGAAACUCGAUAGAUUUGCGGUGAUCCAUGGGAUGGUGUUUGCGUUCGUGUACCUGGCGCUGCAGAAGUGUCAGCUGCUGUCGGAAGCCAAGGGGGAGCCCCUCUUCUCCACCCGCGUCUCCAACUGCCUCCUCUUCGUGUCUGUGGUGUCGUUCAUGACCUACUCCAUAUGGGCCAGUAGCUGCAAGAACAAAACAGAGUGCAAUGAGAUGCACCCCUAUAUCUCUGUUGUGCAGAUCCUGGCCUUUGUGUUAAUCCGGAACAUUCCUGGCUACGCCCGUUCCCUGUACAGCUCAUUCUUUGCGUGGUUUGGGAGGAUCUCCCUCGAGCUCUUCAUCUGCCAGUACCACAUCUGGCUGGCGGCCGACACCAAGGGCAUCCUGGUGCUGGUGCCCGGCAACCCCUCGCUCAACAUCAUCGUCAGCACCUUCAUCUUUGUGUGCGUGGCGCACGAGAUCUCGCAGAUCACCAACGACCUGGCGCAGGUGGCCAUCCCCAAGGAGAACGGCCCGCUGCUCAAACGCAUGCUGGCCACGGCCGUCUUCCUGGCCCUCGUGCUGCUGUUCUCCCGGAACCACUGAGACGAAGGGUGGACCGAAGGAAGGACGGUAGUGGACAGGUAGUGGACAGGUAGCUGACGAGACAUGGCGCGACGCCGGGGGUGGGAAAGGAGCCAGUUGGCAUGAAAACUGGAUGGCUGGGCACUGGAGAAGACGGAGGGGCGAGGUUUGGGGUGGCUGUGAAAGGGGUCACUUCCAGCUGGACUUCUCACGAGCGUGGGAUAACGGUCGGUGGCGAGGAGGAGGAGGUGAAACGAGGGCUGAAAGCUGUGCCUUCCAGCUGUGCUGCCGUGAUUUGCCGGGAUCCUUGACUUCGCAGACAGCUUCCAUUUUGUGUGAGGGGAGCGAUAAGUCCUGCUACAGUACACAGAUAGAAUCGAACUGAAUGUCGGAUACAGUCGCGGACACAGAGGUGUGCCAGGUCAUACCCAAGGAGCUCUUCGAUGGCAGUCUUCACCAGUCUCACCCACAAACUUGUUUACAGUUACAUCUAAACAAAUGUCUCGUCAGAGGUCUAGAACAGACCUAGGACCCUACAAGUGGACCCUAGAACGAACGAUACUUUCCCAGAUGAGAGCGGUUCCUUCUCCGUCCAGCCGAGAACACCGUAGCUGUAAAGAUCACUUAAGAAAAAGAACAAAAAAAAAAAAAGUUUUGAUUGCUGAAAAUUUGAAUGGUUUCUUUUGCCUUUGCACUGACCAGUGCCGUGGUGUCAUAGCUCUGACACCGCUUUUGAAUUUGUUCUCAAUGUACAGUAUUUAAUGUUUUAAAUUAAGCUUAUAUUUUAUACUGGUGUAUAUUUGUGUUUGUAUUUUGAUGUUUUUACCCUCCUCAUGGCUUUUUUUCCCCUUGUUGCUGUGUCUGUGCCCUUGACUACUGUAUGUGAAUGAAGUAUUCGCGAAUGCAUUCAUACUCUCACCUCAUACUAGGAUGGCUUUUAAAGUCAGCCAUGCAUUCAAAUGCAAGGGCAGGACUUUCAGAAGAUCAUUGGGGAAUGCUCCACUGUUUACUUGAAUCUACCCCCAAUCAAAGUAACAGUGGUGCAUUUUGUUUUUUAAAUUGGUUGAUUGUAAAGGUCUGUUUCCCUACAUUUGUACAUCCAAAGGGCAGGGGAGGGGGGGUACAUAAUUACAUUUUGCAUAUCAUCAAGCAUUGGUCUUUUAACCACUGAAAAUGAAUGCCAAUGUUUUGAAAAGCACAGGCUUUUUUAAGAAAAUUGUUAUGACAUUUUAUGGGUAUUUAAUAUCAUUGUAUUGAAGGCAUACUACUCUGUGUCUGCUGCAUUAUUGAUCCAAAUUGCUUGAAGCAGUAGCAUUAUUAUAGCAGUGAGGACACACAUACACACUCACACACCCUCUCUCUAUCUUUCUUUCUGUUUUUCUCUCACACACUCUCUCUCUCUCCCACUCACACACACACACUCACACACUCUCUCUCUCUCUCUCUCUCCCUCAGCAAUAGCCACUCCUGUGUGAAUGUUUCUCAGAGGCGGUGCCUAAGCUAUUGUUUUUUUGUUUUUUUUGUGUCACUGCUUUGGUGACUGGGUGAGUUAACCCAAAGAAGGUGGUAAACCUCCUAAUAGAAGAGUCCUCUGGCUUUGUUAAGUUUGGAGAUUGAAACCCCCGGGCUGUACUAUUAUCAAGUUUACAACUUACAACCUCUGAGUUAUCUUGCCUAGUUUUGCCACUCAACCACCUACUUUGAAUCAUGGCCAGGAGUGUCUGACUGAUACAUACAUGAUGAAUGCGCAGGGAGAUUGAGCAACAACUUUUAAUUUUGAGAUUUGCAGUGUCCUUGCUUCUUGCAAUGGGAUUAUGAGAGACUAAACCACCGCCAUGUGAAUAGCGCUAUCUGUAUGCAUUGGUGUGCACUGUCAGCUGUCCACUGAAGACACACCAAUAGAAGUCUCGCACCUUGGCACCACCGCUGGCUUAACCGUUUCACAGCCAGUUCAUUUUUAAAAGAAUAACAAGUAGCUCAUAAAUUACAUUUACAAAGUUAUAACGACAAAUACUCAAUGUUCAACCAUGUGAAAAGAGAAAAUAACUUUGCUUGUUAUUCUGCUAUACCUUCUGCUAAGCAUAUUGUAAAGUGUGUGAAUCUGAUUUUUAAGGCUACUAUCCCCUAAUAUGUGGUAUAUUUCAGUUGAUGUGCCAUGGACUUUCCUGAUGAAGGGGGUUUGUGUAUUCUCUUCCUGUGUGACAGAUAACCACAACAACUGCACUGCUAUUUGCUACAUUUGAAAUGGGAUACAUUUAUGGGUCUUGAUUUCUCUGUCUUUCAGAAAAAUACCAACAACAACAACAACAAAAAACACCACAAUUAGUGUCCCAACCUGUUCUGACAAUGCAGAUCAUUUCUGCGUAAGAAGUUUGACAUUUUCUUCCAUUGUAGGGAGGCAUUUAACCUGUCGAGGCAAACAAAAGUGAACUUCUGUUUCACACAGCUAACUGUGGUGUAAUUAAAAAUGUUUCAUUUUAUGGGUGUUGCAGUUGCUCGACAAAGGGGCAGCUUCGUAUUCUCACACACUCAGUGUAUGCUUAAAUGGGGGUUAAUUAUAGUGUACUGUAUAAUGGCUAUUCUGGGACAUGUGGAGACAUCAUGUGACCUUAUUUACAGCCUCCAUUUUGUUUUUGUAUAGUUGGACUGGUAUAUAUUUAAACAAGAGAAGCUUUAUCCCAGGGCCUUGACAAGAGUUUUGUUUUGCUUUGUAAAUACAUGUGUGGUGUAUUCAAAUGUGAAAAAAGAUUACCUGUUUUUAUUUUCAGAACAUUUUGUUUCGCUCCUGUUGUACACUUCAUGGUUAUUGAUAAAAAUGUCCUUGGACAUG